AAAAAAGAAUCACCCUCUCGAAUAUUCAACCCCCCUCUCUCUCUCUCUCUCUCUCUCUCUCUCUUGAGGAUUAACAUAUAUAAAGAUAGACCCAUCAGAGAUUCGUUUUGUACGCGACGCCGCGACUUUGAAAUCUCCCCCAGAAACUCUCUCUCUUCUCUUUGGUGUCUUCUGCGCCCUCCGAUCUUUUUACCAAAGUGUCCGAUAUUCGUUCUUUUUCUUUUUUCUUUUUUUCUUCUGUUGUUGUGUUUGGUUCUGCGAGUUUAUUCCGUUUGGUGAUUCUAUUUAGAUCCCAGAUUCGUGUUUGAAUAAUAUUACACAAGUCCAUCAUCUUCUCCCUUUGGUGGGAUCUAUAAUAUUCUAUGUGCUCUGGACAAAAUAGCCUUUGGUCUUGUUAUAUUACUCGCUUCCCUGCUUCUAUUUCUUCUUCCCCUAGCAUCUUCAAUCGCAGACCCAUAGAGCCUAGGCUCUCUCUCUCUCUCUCUCUCUCUCUCUCUCUGUAUGGAAUAUUACACUGAGAAAAUGCAGCAUCAUGGUGGGUUGGGAUUCCGUGAGUAUGUGGAUGCUCUAGAGAAAGAGCGCACCAAGAUCCAGGUGUUUGAGCGCGAGCUACCUCUCUGCCUAGAGCUUGUAACCCAAGCUAUUCAGACGUGUCGGCAACAGUUGUCGGGGACGACAACGGAGAACAACUUGCAUGGGCAGUCUGAGAGUUCGGAGCAAACGACGUCGAACGAGGUCCCUCCUCCGGUGUUCGAGGAGUUCUUUCCGAUAAAGAGGUCUACUUCAUCAGAGGAUGAUGAGGAGGAGCAGCAGCUGUCACACAAGGCCAACAGAGAGACGAUGGUCAGCAAUGAUAGUAAGAAAAAAUCGGAUUGGCUUAGUUCAGUUCAGCUGUGGAAUCCAACCUCAGAUCCACCACCCAAAGAGGAUGUACCGAGAAAGGCAACGGUGAUGGAGGUGAAGAGGAAUGGUGGUGGUGGAGCUUUCCAGCCUUUCCAAAGAGAGAAAAGCGUUGGAAAGGGUAAUGCAUCAGUGGGCAAAGCGCCUUCUUCUCUGGCACCGGAGCCGGCGCCGGCGGUGGCGGUGGCUACGACGAGUUCAUCAGCGGAAACAACCACCGUAGGGAAUGGUGAGAGUGGUGGAAGUGGCAGAAGAGAAGAUAAAGAAGGGCAGGCUCAGAGAAAGCAGAGGCGGAAUUGGUCCCCUGAAUUGCACAAGCGGUUCUUGAACGCCCUUCAACAACUUGGUGGUUCACAAGCUGCGACACCCAAGCAAAUUAGGGAGCUAAUGAAGGUUGAUGGGCUUACUAAUGACGAAGUCAAAAGCCACUUGCAGAAAUAUCGGUUGCACACAAGAAGACCAAGUCCUGCAAGCCACAAUAAUGGCAACACGCAGGGGCCACAAGUUGUAGUUUUGGGGGGCAUAUGGGUGUCAGCGCCCGCGCCCGAGUAUGCAGCGAUGGCAGCAACGACAGCAUCAGGAGAGGUAACCAGCGUUGCUGCAGCCAAUGGAAUCUAUGCUCCAGUAGCUGCACCGCUGCCUACAGUCCAACAUGCAUCGGCAUCGGCAUCUUCAUCUCAAAUCCAAAGAUUACAACAGAAGCAAUCUGAAGAAAGGGUUUGCCAUAGUGAACAGAGAGGCACUUGUUCUAGUUCCCCUGCUACAUCCUCCUCCACCCACACUACCACCAAUUCCCCUGUGUUUUGAUUUUCAUAGCAUUACAAUGAUGUAAAAAAUUUUGUAAUCAAGUCUUGAUAGAAAGUACUAUGACAUAUCCUCAUAAUUCUGACUUC